UAGUCGUCACAGUUCACAUGUUGUGUAGUCUGAAAGGAUCUCACAAGGUGUAACCGAUUUAACUACCGAUUUCUGUUUUAAAACGCCGUUUUGAUUUUAUUAAAGUAUAAUAUUUGUUUUUUCAAAACGUUAUUUAUCCGUAAAGUGAUGGCAAAAGGAGAAGGCGCCGACCAAUAUUCCAACAAUAGUUUAUUAACGAAUAAACCGAUCAACCCAGAAGUGGUCAAAUUAGCUGGGAAGCGUGAGCAGUACGACAGGUUGUCCAUAUGCAACAAGCUGUGCUACGCGGUGGGAGGAGCGCCCUAUCAGAUCACAGGAUGUGCGCUGGGCUUCUUCCUCCAGAUAUACCUACUGGAUGUGGCACAGUUGGACCCAUUCUAUGCGUCGAUAAUCCUGUUCGUGGGGAGGGCCUGGGAUGCUGUGACGGACCCGAUCAUAGGCUUUAUGGUCUCGCGCUCUCCCUGGACACGCUUCGGACGAAUGCUGCCAUGGAUCCUGUUCUCCACUCCUUUAGCUGUGGUCAGCUACUUCCUCAUCUGGUAUGUUCCUGAGAUUGAGAAUGGGAAGGUAAUCUGGUACCUGGUCUUCUACUGCCUCUUCCAGACCCUCCAAACUUGUUUCCAUGUGCCCUACUCAGCUCUCACCAUGUUCAUCAGUGAAGACCAGAAGGAGAGGGACUCUGCCACUGCUUACAGAAUGACGGUGGAGGUUCUGGGUACUGUGAUUGGCACAGCCGUCCAGGGUCAGAUUGUGGGCAUGGCCAACCCCCCCUGUAUCCUGGCCCCCGGCGACAAUGUAACAACAGAGGGGCUGAACUCCUCCUUCCUGCUGCUGGGACAGGAAGUUAACACCACGGUCAUCUCUCCCGGCAUCACCCUGGACCAGACGAAAACAGCUUACAUGAUAGCCUCUGGUGCCAUCUGUUCCAUCUACGUGCUCUGUGCUGUGGUGCUGUUCUUCGGAGUCAAGGAGAAGAAAGAGUCGUCUCGGCCCCGGUCAGAGCCCAUGUCGUUCUGGCAGGGUAUCGGGCUGGUGAUGGGUCAUGGACCUUACGUCAGGCUGGUCAUGGGCUUCCUCUUCACCUCACUGGCCUUCAUGCUCCUGGAAGGGAACUUUGCUCUGUUCUGCUGCUACACUCUGGGCUUUAGGAACGACUUCCAGAACAUUCUACUGGUCAUCAUGCUCGCUGCGAUGCUCACCAUCCCUUUCUGGCAGUGGUUCCUCACCAAGUUUGGCAAGAAGAAGGCUGUCUACAUCGGCACCUCGUCUGUUAUCCCCUUCAUGAUCCUGGUGGUGUGUGUGAAGGGUAAUCUCAUCAUUACCUACAUGGUGUCGUUUGCUGCCGGGGUCGGAGUCGCUGCUGCCUUCCUGUUGCCGUGGUCCAUGUUGCCAGACGUGGUGGAUGACUUCCAGGUCCAGAACCCAGACUCUCGGGGUCACGAAGCCAUCUUUUAUUCCUUCUAUGUCUUCUUCACCAAGUUUGCCUCUGGAAUCUCCCUGGGGAUCUCCACUCUCAGCUUGGAUUUUGCUGGGUAUAUGACUCGAGGUUGCACCCAGCCUGAGAACGUGGAUAUAACCCUGAAGGUUCUGGUCUCCGCGGCGCCCAUAGGACUCAUUCUGAUUGGCCUGGUCUUAUUCCGCUCUUAUCCAAUCGACGAAGAGAGGAGGCAGGGCAACAGGAAGCUGCUUCAGGAGCAACGGGAAAAUGAAGCAGACUCAGAAACGGACUCCACAGAACUGACCAACAUGGUGUAGAUUCUAGAACACUUAUGGACCAUUGGAGUGACACUGUUGCUUACACCGGGUGGUGCUAACGAGGGCUGGACCUAUCACGACGGAGAUACUGCUACCAUCCAAUCACACUGCUGCUCACGUGUCUCAGAACACCUGUCGUCAUGACGAUGCACCGUGGCAAGGAACAACAAAAGUAUCUUAUGGCGACGGAAUCCUAAAACGGAUUGACCUUCCUGGUUCAAUUCCCCAGCCCACUUAAGCUAUGACAAACUCAGAGAAAUUGUUUUGGGUGCAGUCUCAAAAGGCAACCGAUUUCCUAGUGCGCUCUAUGGAGACUCAAUAGAGUACUGUGAAACACAGCCAUUUGUUGUCGUCCAUGACUGUUGCACAAAACCUUAAUGUGAUGUGUACCAUUUAUUUUUUUUUGUUGUGUAUUUUGCCAAUGUUGAAUAUUUCUGUCAGAACUUGAUCUAUCGUGGCAACAAUUUUCAAACGCUCAAGACUUUUUAGACAUUGUUCUAGAACAAUCUACUACUCCCCUCAAGUGUGACACUUGAACGGCCGUCUUUCUAUGGUGAAGACGACUGUCAAUAAAAUUGACUUUUUUUUCUACUCGGUUUACAUUUCAGUUAAAGGUAUAAAAAAAAAAAAAAUUAAAAGCCUGACAAAUUAUUUUGGUAGAGAGAAUUUCUACAACUGAAUACCUAUUACCGGUAUAUGUGUUUCUACAGACUUCAGUUUGGUACUGUGUAUAAAACAAGGCAGAACCCUAUCUAGCAUUGACAGAUUCAAAGUGUGAUUUCAUCGUUUAAUUUCCUUUUUUUUUUUUAAGGUUUAAGACCUUGUCUGCUAUUUGACACGACAAUGGAGUUCUGUCACGGAUUCCAUUUUGUUUUUACAAUGUUUCCUUCCUCACUUUUCAUUGGCUCAUUCAACAAGGGGUGUAUUCACUAGGAUGCCAAGAGGGAGGGACCUACCUGAAUUUGUCCCAUAGAAACUCCUUUGUUGCAAAACAUUUUUGCUACGUUGUGCACCAAUGAAUACACCCCAGUAAUGCCCAGAAGAGAUUUGGUCCUAACUGCAACACUGUAGGUAACUAUACAUAUAAGUAAAAAUAUGUCUCAAAAACACUGGUUCUUAGUCUCACCAUUUUAAACCAGAACCACUAUAGCACAACAAUUGUUAACCAAACUAUUUUACACAGCCUGUUAAACAACUUUAAUACAUGAUAGAUUGUUUCUUACAGCUAGUCAUUAACUUAGUGUUGGGAAAAACCAUAAUGACAGCUAGUACUAAUUUAGAAAGAUUAUGUUAUUUAAGUAUGUGAGUAAAAUGUAUUUGUCCUUUUCUCAAGAGAAUACCGUUCAAGUUGCUGUUCCUACUGGAAUGUGUUCUGGAAUGUGUUCUGGAAUGUGUUCUGGAAUGUGUUCUGGAAUGUGUUCUGGAAUGUGUUCUCACUGUGUGUAUUGAGCUCAAAAUCCAUUUUAUUUUUUGAAAACAGUGAAUUCUCUACCUUGUCUCUUUUUUUAAUGAAGCAAUGGACAUGCAUUUUAAAGAAAAGGGAAGAAUACUAAAGUCAAAGUAUUGGAAAAUGGA